GGCGGAGGCGAUCUGGGAGAGAGGGAUGAGAGGACGAGUGGCGUGGGGGGAUGGCAGGAGGAGGCGGCGAGGGGAGUGUUGGGAAUGGGGAGCGGAAAGGUGGCAGCCCAUCCCUUUCGUCCUUCUCCCCCACUCACCCGUGUGUCCCCCUGCCGUGCUCACCACCCGUGUGUCCCCCUGCCGUGCUCACUCCACUCGUGCCACCCAUGCCGCCAUUCUCCCUCACUUGCGUCCUCCCUCUCCCCGCUGCUGCCAUGCCAUGCCAUGGGGGGCAUUGGUGUGUGGGGGGGCAUUGGUGUGUGGGGGGGCAUUGAUGAGGAGAUGACAAAGUUUCUCAAAACGCUCAAACCAGACAACGUCUUCCGAGCCAUUCACGGCGAGGUAUGGCAUUCACGGCGAGAACCACAUGCUCCUCCUGCCUUUCCACCGCCCCGCCACCCUCUCUGCCCGUCCAUGCCCUGCGUCCUCUCGCUGUCCGCAGCCGCCCCUCGCACCCCUCGGCCUUCUCCUCCCCUCAGACCCCACCCUGCUGCCACCGUUUCUCCUUCCAGACGCCCGCCCCUCCCCACUCCUCUUCCCCCCACUCAGUCACACGCGCUGGCAGUGCGGCAGCGCGUGGCGUUCUCAGUGUCGCGUGCGCCCAGGCGCCUGGCCUCUGCCAUCUCCGCUGACAUCUUCCGCUUCGUUGGACGGGUGAGGCUCUCAUGCACACACGCACUCGCACUCACACGCACUCACACUCACACGCACUCGCACUCACACGCACUCGCACUCACACGCACUCGAACUCACACGCACUCGCACUCACACGCACUCGCACUCACACGCACUCGCACGUACACGCACUCCGAAUCACACGCACUCGCACUCACACGCACUCGCACUCACACGCGCUCACACUCACACGCACUCCCACUCACACGCACUCGCACUCACACGCACUCGCACUCACACGCACUCGCACUCACACGCACUCGCACUCACACGCACUCGCACUCACACGCACUCGCACUCACACGCACUCGCACUCACACGCACUCGCACUCACACGCACUCGCACUCACACGCACUCGCACUCACACGCACUCGCACUCACACGCACUCGCACUCACACGCACUCGCACGCACUCGCACUCGCACGCACUCGCACUCGCACGCACUCGCACUCACACGCACUCGCACUCACACGCACUCGCACUCACACGCACUCGCACUCACACGCACUCGCACUCACACGCACUCGCACUCAUACGCACUCGCACUCACACGCACUCGCACUCACACGCACUCGCAUGUACACGCACUCGCACGUACACGCACUCGCACUCACACGCAAUCACACGCACUCGCACUCACACGCACUCGCACUCACACGCACUCGCACUCACACGCACUCGCACUCACAUGCACUCGCACUCACACGCACUCGCACUCACACGCACUCGCACGCACUCGCACUCGCACGCACUCGCACUCGCACGCACUCGCACUCGCACGCACUCGCACUCGCACGCACUCGCACUCACACGCACUGGCACUCGCACGCACUCUCACUCUCACGCACUCGCACUCACAUGCACUCGCACUCACACGCACUCGCACUCACACGCACUCGCACUCACACGCACUCGCACUCACACGCACUCGCACUCACACGCACUCGCACUCACACGCACUCGCACGUACACGCACUCGCACUCACACGCACUCGCACUCACACGCACUCGCACUCACACGCACUCGCACUCACAUGCACUCGCACUCACACGCACUCGCACUCACACGCACUCGCACGCACUCGCACUCGCACGCACUGGCACUCACACGCACUCGCACUCGCACGCACUCGCACUCACACGCACUCGCACUCACACGCACUCGCACUCACACGCACUCGCACUCACACGCACUCGCACCCACACGCACUCGCACGUACACGCACUCGCACUCACAUGCACUCACACUCAUACGCACUCGCACUCACACGCACUCGUACGCACUCGCUCUCACACGCGCUCGCACUCACACGCACUCACACUCACACGCACUCGCACUCACACGCACUCGCACUCACACGCACUCGCACUCACACGCACUCGCACUCACACGCACUCGCACUCACACGCACUCGCACUCACACGCACUCGCACGCACUCGCACUCGCACGCACUCGCACUCGCACGCACUCGCACUCACACGCACUCGCACUCACACGCACUCGCACUCACACGCACUCGCACUCACACGCACUCGCACUCACACGCUCUCACACUCACACGCACUCGCACUCACACGCACUCGCACUCACACGCACUCGCACUCACACGCACUCGCAUGUACACGCACUCGCACGUACACGCACUCGCACUCACACGCAAUCACACGCACUCGCACUCACACGCACUCGCACUCACACGCACUCGCACUCACACGCACUCGCACUCACAUGCACUCGCACUCACAUGCACUCGCACUCACACGCACUCGCACGCACUCGCACUCGCACGCACUGGCACUCGCACGCACUCGCACUCGCACGCACUCGCACUCACACGCACUCGCACUCACACGCACUGGCACUCGCACGCACUCACACUCACACGCACUCGCACUCACAUGCACUCGCACUCACACGCACUCGCACUCACACGCACUCGCACUCACACGCACUCGCACUCACACGCACUCGCACUCACACGCACUCGCACUCACACGCACUCGCACGUACACGCACUCGCACUCACACGCACUCGCACUCACACGCACUCGCACUCACACGCACUCGCACUCACAUGCACUCGCACUCACACGCACUCGCACUCACACGCACUCGCACGCACUCGCACUCGCACGCACUGGCACUCACACGCACUCGCACUCGCACGCACUCGCACUCACACGCACUGGCACUCGCACGCACUCACACUCACACGCACUCGCACUCACAUGCACUCGCACUCACACGCACUCGCACUCACACGCACUCGCACUCACACGCACUCGCACUCACACGCACUCGCACUCACACGCACUCGCACUCACACGCACUCGCACGUACACGCACUCGCACUCACACGCACUCGCACUCACACGCACUCGCACUCACACGCACUCGCACUCACAUGCACUCGCACUCACACGCACUCGCACUCACACGCACUCGCACGCACUCGCACUCGCACGCACUGGCACUCACACGCACUCGCACUCGCACGCACUCGCACUCACACGCACUCGCACUCACACGUACUCGCACUCACACGCUCUCGCAUGUACACGCACUCGCACGUACACGCACUCGCCCUCACACGCAAUCACACGCACUCGCACUCACACGCACUCGCACUCAUAUGCACUCGCACUCACACGCACUCGCACUCACACGCACUCGCACUCACACGCACUCGCACUCGCACGCACUCGCACUCACACGCACUCGCACUCACACGCACUCGCACUCACACGCACUCGCACGCACUGGCACUCACACGCACUCGCACUCGCACGCACUCGCACUCGCACGCACUCGCACUCACAUGCACUCGCACUCACACGCACUCGCACUCACACGCUCUCGCAUGUACACGCACUCGCACGUACACGCACUCGCCCUCACACGCAAUCACACGCACUCGCACUCACACGCACUCGCACUCAUAUGCACUCGCACUCACACGCACUCGCACUCACACGCUCUCACACUCACACGCACUCGCACUCACACGCACUCGCACUCACACGCACUCGCACUCACACGCACUCGCAUGUACACGCACUCGCACGUACACGCACUCGCACUCACACGCAAUCACACGCACUCGCACUCACACGCACUCGCACUCACACGCACUCGCACUCGCACGCACUCGCACUCUCACGCGCUCACACUCAGACGCACUCGCACUCACACGCACUUGCACUCACACGCACUCGCACUCACACGCUCUCACACUCACACACACUCGCACUCACACGCACUCGCACUCACACGCACUCGCACUCACACGCACUCGCAUGUACACGCACUCGCACGUACACGCACUCGCACUCACACGCAAUCACACGCACUCGCACUCACACGCACUCGCACUCAUACGCACUCGCACUCACACGCACUCGCACUCUCACGCGCUCACACUCAGGCGCACUCACACUCACACGCACUCGCACUCACACGCACUCGCACCCACACGCACUCGCACGUACACGCACUCGCACUCACACGCAAUCACACGCACUCGCACUCACACGCACUCGCACUCACACGCACUCGCACUCGCACGCACUCGCACUCUCACGCGCUCACACUCAGACGCACUCGCACUCACACGCACUUGCACUCACACGCACUCGCACUCACACGCUCUCACACUCACACACACUCGCACUCACACGCACUCGCACUCACACGCACUCGCACUCACACGCACUCGCAUGUACACGCACUCGCACGCCAUGGGGCGGGUGGGUGAGGGCGGGGUGGUGCUGCUGCCGCACACGCUGGUCGACACCCACGUGCGCUCCGACGCUGCCACGCUCACACCCCCCGCUGCUGCUGGCGGGGAGGGCAGCGGGGCGGGGGGGGGCUACGCGGUGUACGUGCUGAACCCGCGGGUGAUGCCGCGGCGCUACGCGUACUCGUAUGGCAGCCGGGGGGACACCGUGUGCCCGGGCACCUCCUUCCACGAUGAGGUCACCUCCUGCGCUCAUGCUUUGUGGCGCUCUCUCACCAUGGCUCACUUGUGUCUCUCCUCACAUGCCCCAUCUCCCGACUCCUUUCUCCCCCCUUCUCUUCUCCUCCCCUUCCGGCAGCGCUACGUGUGGGUGGAUCUGACGGCGGGGCCGGUGAGCUACGGGCCGGCGUGGGAGGGGCGGGGGGGCGUCACGCCCGCCGCGUACCUGCGGGCAGAGCAGUACAGCAAGGAGCUGCUGUACGGGGUGAGAGCAAUACAGCAAGGAGCUGCUGCACGGGGUGAGCACACAUGGGAGAUGGGCGAGCACGCGUGCAUGUGUGAGAUUGCUCGUGCUGCUCUCACGUCUGCCUGCCAUCGCUGCAUGCACCUCCUCCUCCCUCUGCACGCAUCUGCUGCUCUCCCCCUCGCCCGCUCCCGAAUUAACCCAAUCGCCUCCCACCAUGGCAGUGUGGGUCUUCCCAGUCGUGCCCGCAAGCAGCCAUUGGGAGGGCGGCAGCACUGCCACCCACUGCUUCACUCACGUCCACUACCCCCUCCCUGCCCCUCCCUUCCCUCCCCUCCCACACGCCCUUCCCCUCCCCGCCCUCCUCUGCCCCCCCCACAGGCGUUCCUGGCGCACGUGGCAGUGCUGGUGGACAAUGCGGUGCGGCAUGUGUUUGUGCCGCCGCUGCUGCAUGCGCCCGUGGUGUACGCGGUGACCACCGACAUCUGGGCGUUGCCAUGCACAGCGCUACCGGAGAAGGCGGGCAUGCAGGCGAUGAGGGCAUGUGGCUGGACCUCACCGCCAUCAAGGACCAGGUGA